AUGUCCGGAUACCACCCGGAUCAGGGCGCCACGCCGCCCGCGCCGCCGCCCAAGCCAGACAGCCACGAGGCGAGCCGCAUGGCGACGCCCAGCACGAGCGGCUCCGUGCCGCCGCCGCCUCCGCCGCAGCAGUAUCCGGGGUACGCCGGGUACGCCGCGCACGAGCCGUCGCAGCUGCAGCAGACGCAGACGGCAGACGCAGACGGGGCCGUGCCGCCGCAGCUGGAUGUGCCGCAGCCGAUGCCCGACCCUGGGGAAGGCUGGCUGCCAGAGACGCUCCAAGACAAAUCACCCCUCUGGACAAGACUGACCAAUUCAAGACCUGGCCGCGCUGCUCGCCAGCCCCAGCCUGCUGCAAGCGCUCACGCACGCGCCGGCCGCCGCGCACCCCUCGCUGACCGCCUCCCACGCGGCGCUGUGCUCGGCGCUGUCGUCCAACGCCGCGCUCGCGACGAGUCUGAGCGUGCAGGGCGCGCGCCUGGCGGGCGCGCGGUCGGCGACGCAGGCGCAGCUGCUGUCGACGCACGCGCUGGAGCGGCAGUGGCGCCAGCGGCAGUCGGAUAUGGACCACGCGCUGGCGCCGUUCUCGCCGGCCGCGCUGUACCAGGCGCUCGCGCACGGGGUCCAGGAGCAGGCGCAGACAGCGGGAGUGGUGGCGCGGAGCUGUUGACGGAGAGGGAGGUGGCAGAGUGGGUCAAGGGGUAUAGAGAGGCCAAGGUGCUGUAUUAUCAGAGGCAGGAGAGAAAGGAGAGGUGGGAUGAGGGACGGGUGGGAGGAUGGCGAUGA